AUGAGCGCAAAAAAUGACGAUUAUCGAAGUGAUUAAGAUGACAAAAGUGAAUCAUCUCUUGAUUCAAUUGAAGAAAUUUCUGAUUCUUCAGAGUCAGAACAAUUUAGGAAAACAAAAAACAAGAAAUUACUUAAGAAUUAAAAGAAUAAAAAGAAAAAGAGAUUGAAUAAAUAAAAAUUAAUUGAUACAGAAGCAUCUGAAACAUCAGAAAAUGAAUCAGAAGAGGAUGGAGAAGGGAAAAUAACAAAAAUAGAGCAAUAAUAGAUUUAUAAAGAAAUAGACCUUAAAAGAAAACAUCACAAAGAUGUUGUUAAGGAAAUUGAAAGAAGAUAUUAAGAUGGAGAUGGUUUAAAUGUUGAAGAAGUAGAGAGAUCAGAUGAUGAAAUUGAAAAACCAGGUCUAAGAGAUCCUAAAGUAUUAUAUUAGUUAUAAAAAAGUUCUGGCGUGUUUCAUGUAAUAAAGGAAAAGAAUAAGAAGCUGUUACAUCAAUAAUGUUUAAACAUAAUCACUUAAUAGAUACUAAUCCACUUGAUAUAAUCUCAGUAUUUGCACUCAAGAAAUUUCCAGCAGCAAUAUUUGUAGAAGCCUAUUUUGAAUAACAUGUUAUGAGAGCAAUCGAAGGUCUAGUUAUUGUUAGACAAUCCCCACCUGAAUUAGUAGAAUCUGAACAAUGUCCAAAUAUGUUCAAACCUGCUGAAGUUGAAUAAAUUGAUAUUGAAGAAGGUUAAUGGGUUAGAGUUAGAUAACAUAACAUUUACUCUGGGGAUUUGGCUAGAGUUAUGUAAGUAGAUUAAGAAAGAAAACUUAUCAAACUUAAAGUUGUACCAAGACAAAAAUUAUUAAUGAAAUCUAUUGAAGAAGAAGAAGAAAAUAAAAAAAAGAAUUCUAAAAAGAAUAAUUCAAAUGCAGAUUAAUCUCGUUUUUAAAUGAAAGAAGAAGAAGGUGAACCACCAAUUGAAGAUAAUGAACCUUUUUAAAGAGGAAGCAAAUUUAAGUUCUUAAAAAGAGCUAAAUAUCUUUAAGAAUAAAGAAAAUUCAUUCGUGGACCUAAAAUCCCUAUUUAGAUGACCAAGAAAACUAUUAAUGAUGAUAAUGAUGAACCUACUUCUCAAUUUUUUUAUACUACAAUUAGAGAUGAAUGGACAUCUGCUAAAAAAGAUGGAUUUGAAAUCAUUACUCUUCCAGUUCAUCAAGUACUUACUGGGAAUAUUAAACCUACAGUAGAAGAUUUAUAAUAUUUCUAUCCAGAUGUCUAAGAUUAUAGAUUGAUACUCUAGAAAUUACACAACAGUUUAAAAUAAGUAGUUGAACAUAAAUCUAAAAUCUAAAUUGGAGAUUAUAUCACUCUUAAUUAAAAUAGACCUCCUAGAUAUAAGGUUGCAUAAAUCUUAUAAGAUGAAAAUAAAUUGAUAGUAACUAAAACAGUUAAAAAUAAAACUAAUAAAGAGAAAAGUAAUUAUUAAUAUACAUUAUAAAUUAAUGAUGCUAUAUUAGCCUUCAAACUUUAUCAAUAAGUCUGUAUAGUUUCAGGACCUAAUAUUGGAUUAAGUGGUACUAUUAUAAAAAUAGAUGAUUUGACUGCUCAAAUAUCAACUGAAGCUGGCAGAAUUGUUGAUGCUUUGAUUUCAGAUCUAUAAUCCUAAAAAAAUGUCAUUAAAAAAAUGGAUAUAGAAGAGAAUCCUGAAUAAGGAAUUGCAUAAUAGAAACCAGGAUUCAGAAGAAAUGAUUUAGUAAAGUUUGGAUUGAUUGAUAAUGAUAUUGGAUGCAUACUCAAUAUUUCCAAUAAUGAAGUCAGUAUACUUGAUUUAACUAAUUAAAUAAAAGCUAUCAAUAAAUUAGCUAUUAGAAAUUCUAUCAACACUAGAAAUAAUGUAGUCAAAAAUAUGUAUGGCAAUGAUAUCAGAUAAUAAGAUUUAGUUGUCAUACUUGAUGGUUUUUAUAAAAGUAUUUUAUUUUUACUAUCAUCUAGAUAAUAAAGCAACUGUCUUACAUGUAUAUAGAGAUUAUUUAUUUCUAUUUAAUGGUAAAUUUGACAAUACACAAGGAGUAAUCAUUGAAAAAGCCAAUAAUUGUGGUUUAGUUUCUUCUUCUAAAAAAGCAGAACCUGUUGUAGUAAAUACUUAAUCUCAAAUAUCAAAUGAAGAUUGGAAAAAUCUAAGAGGAUAAAUGGUCACCAUUCGUAAAGGAUAAUGGUAAUCUUAUAGAGGAAUGGUGUAAGAAGUCACUAGUAGAGUUGCCACAAUCUAAUUAUCUGCUAAAAAUUUGGUUGUUAAAGUUCCAUUAGAAUUUAUUAAAUCUGAAACUUCUAAUUCGCAUCUUCAAGUUGGAAAAACACCUCAACAUCAUCCAGGUAUGUCUACAAGAGUUUGGGAUGAUCUUGAAGGUGUCCAAUAAUCAGCUAUGCGUGGAUAUCAAUCUCCAUAUAUCACUUACCAAACCCCUAUGCGUAAUGAUUGA